AUGGGGCAGGAGGGGGAGGGCGGCCCAGGCAAGGGGAGGAGCAGGAGGAGGAGGAGGGGAAGGAAAAACAAGGCUCCUCCACCACCGCCUCCACCACCGCCUCCACCACAGCCCUCCACCACACCCCCACCACACCCCACCAACCACCCCACCACAUUACUACCACAAUCCCCACACCACCACACACACAAACAAGAGCGUGUGGUGGUGAGUGGUGACAUCAGUGCGUGCAACGGUGGCUUUGAUUGGCUGGAAGAGAGUGACGUCACGGGGCAGGACGUCAUUGAUUGGCCAGAGGAGAGUGACGGCACUGAUCUGGACACCGAUGAUUGGCUGGAGGAGAGUGAUGUGAAUGAUGAGUAUGAAGACAGUGACUGGACGGAAGAGGGACAGGAGAAGAAGAAGGAGAGUGAAAGAGACGUGGAGGAAAAGAGAGAAAAAAAUCAAAAUUUCACCCAAAACCGAAGGAGGCAAAGUCCAGAGGGCGCCGAGGACCCCAAGACUGUGUACGACGAGAGUCCUUCAGGGAGCGGCCAGUCCUGUAGGAUGCCGAGGAGUAAACAAGGAGAAAUAGACGAUAAUAAAGAAGAGGGAGAAAAUAGAGUAACUGAGUGUGGAGAAGAGGAAAAAGAGGAUGGUGGACUAAAGAAAUGUGUGAGGAAGAGGGCGCAAGAGGUGAACCAGAAACAAGAGGAGGUGAAGAGGAAGUAUCAAGAGUACUCAAGGGAACGAGGACUUAGAGAGGAUUUAAGUCUGCAUUUUCACGAGUGUUGGGAAGAAGAGGAAGAGCCAAACCAGCGUUGUCUGGAUCUGCUGCUCUUUGUCAUCCUCGUCAUCUCUGUCUGCCGCUCCUCGUCACCACCGCAGCACCUGUGUCGCCCUCGUCAGCCUCGUCACCGGGGCGUGGUGUUCCUCGCCAUUACAGUGGGCUAG